UUGAUGUUGUUGUUUUAUGUUAUUAUUGUCGCAAAUUAUAAUGCGGCUUGUACUUUGGAGAAUCCGAAUCCAUCCAAUCCGACUUUAACCGCAGUUGGCUUAGUGUAUGACUAAAGAGGAAUAAUGCGAAAUCUUGCGGCUUUUGAGGCUUAAUCCGCGCGGCGUGGAUGGAGGAUCGUUGCUCCACCUCGUUUCUUGAUUUGACCUCCAGCUCGUCCCCUUUUCUCUUUCCUCCCUCUUAUCAGUCUAUUGGCAUUCUCCCAUCUAUCUCCCCAAAUAUUCACAAUGUCAGACAACACUCGCCUACUCCCCAACAACUCCCACGACGACGAGUGCCCCCGAAAACCAUAUAACAUAUACUACACAAUCCCAUACUACAAACCAUUUUUCUACUCAUACAUCUUCAUCGGAUCAUUCACUUUUGCCUGGAUAACCGACUACCUCCCAACAGUCGGCAAAAUAUGUCUCUGGAUUGGGUUCGCCACGACAUGCGGACUACUGAUCGCCACACACCCAUCGAUCUACACCGAUCAGAUGAGAUCAGAUGAGACAGGAAAGUCAGUUCGAGUACGUCGUCCGCUGAUCGGGUUCAAAAGUUGCGAGGUCGCUUUGGACGUUGAAGGCAUUAAUCAUGGGCUGUAUGAUGCUGCGGAUGGGAAUACGGACUUGAGACUUCAUGAUGGGUGUCGGUAUGGGUAUGCUAGGAUUCGUUUAUAGACUGUUUCUGGAGGGUCUGGUUACUCCUGGAUAUAGGAGGAUUGGAUGUGGUUUGUUUAGCGCUUGGGAUGUUGUGACGAUUUGAUUAUUGGACGUUUGCUAGUAUGUGCUUAUUGAUUUGAGCCCUUUUCAUGAGUCCUCUAGAACCAUUCAAUUCAUUAUAGAAGGAAAGAAAGGAUAAUUCUGUAAAUUUAAUCUGCCCGCAUAAUUGAAACGGAUUGCCAACUAAAACAUAAACUUGGAUCUUGCG